AAACUCUUCUCAGCCUUUGUUGCUCUUGAGGGCUCCGCGCCUGUGGAUAGCAUCGAGAGAAAGAACUCUGAAGAACCCGUCUGGUCCUGGGUAAUCGACUCAAACAAAGAUUGUUUCUUAUAAUGCCAAGAGUUAAUAGAAUGUGAACACGGUGUUACGCACUGAAUACCCGUCGUUUUGGCAACAGCCAUGGCGCUUCUUCUCGAAAGCCCGGUUGAAAAUGUCGAGCUUACGUUGCCUUGACAUUCAAUCUCGGCUGAGGAUGGAAUCGACGCACGAGCUUGUCAUGCAGGCCAGCAGCCUGGCACUGCACGUCUCAGCGAGGGCCACGGACGUGCGGUGCCUGAGGGGUGCGGACGGCAGCGCACUGGCUGACGCCUGCUCAAACGUUGCAACGGGCCUCUCCCUGGCAGCGCAAGGCUCCCGGUUGCGUUCAGGGCCGCUGGAGUCCCUGGUCGCUGCGCUGGAGCAAUGCCUGUGUGUGCUGGACGCAAGCAGCGUGGCGGCCUCCUCAGCGUCAGUCCUGCUCAUAGCAGGCCCCGUGCUCCAGCGGCUGCGUGAGUCCAUCGGCGACAUCGCGGCGGCGCUGCAGGCGCUGGCGGCGGCGGUGGAGGUGCCGCAGCCCCGGUCCGGAGAGGGCUCCGACUCGGACGGCUCCGAGUCGGUGGUGGCGCUGCUGCGCGCCCUGCGCCGCGAGCUGCUGAACGUGCCGCUGACGGCGCUGGAGGAGCGGGUGGUGGGGUGCGAGGCGCUGCGGUCUCGGCUGCGGGCGCUGACGGAGGUGCAGGCCGGAGAGGCGGCGCUGGAGGAGGCGGUGCGGUCGGCGCUGCUGCAGGCGGGCGUGCCGGCGUCACGGCUGCGUAACCCCGAGGCACGAUCCGAGCUGGUGGCAGAGCUGUUUGACCUUCAGUCCCACAGCGCGGCGGCGGCCGCCGGCAGCACCAGCGGCAGCGGGCGCGCUGCCGCCUCUGGGCCGCUGCUCUCAGAAGCCGACUGCGAGUGGAUUGGGACCGUGGCCAGCGCGCUGCUUUUCACACCCAGCGACCUGCUGCACCAGCACCAGAGCCCGCAGCAUCAACACCAGCAACAACAACAGCAGGGGUCGCAGCAACAGGCGCAGCAGCGAGAGGGGCAGCGCAGCGCGGCUGCUGCUGCUGCGGCGGCAGUUAGUCAGGCAGAGGCGGGCCCUUCAUCAUCUGCACCGGCAGCUGCCUCCCCGGUGCCUGCGCCUGCGUACCUGAACGGGUCUGGUAGCAUCCUCAAGACGCCCACGCCGGACGCGCAAGGACCAGGCACCAGCUCUGCCAAUGGCAGCGGCGGCGCCUUUCCUUCUGCUGCGGCCAACAACAGCGGCGCGGCUGCUGCAAGCAGCGGUCAGGCACAGUGCAACGCCGGCUGCGUUGCCAACGGCAUGGGUGCCGGCUGCUGCGACGGCAACGGGGCAGCUGGGAAAGCGGCGGUGUCGUCGGCCGCAGCCGGAGCGCUGUUGCCGCUGCAGCGCUCGCUGCUGUGUCCCAUCACACAGCUUCUGAUGCGCGACCCGGUCACCACCGCCGCCGGCCACACCUACGAGCGCUGCGCCAUUGAGGCCUGGUUCCUCAACAACAACACCGACCCCACCACACGCCAGCUGCUGACCAGCAAAGCGCUCAUUCCCUCCUGGACCGUCAAGGGCGCCAUCGAGGAGUGGCUGGCGGCGGCGGGACUGAGCCACGACCAGUACGACGACAUGGGCGACGGCGCAGCGGCGGUGUACGGGCUGGACGGACCCGGACUGCGCUUCAUCCUCGGCGGCGCGAACGCGGCUGGCGGCACCGCUGCGCCAGCCAGCGCCAGCGCUGCCAGCAACGGCGCAGCCGCUGCCGCGUGCCAGGUGCCGGCGGCCGGCAGCUCGUCUGCCUACGGCUCCUUCGCGGGCUGCACCUGGGAGCAGGUGGCGGACGUGGACGCGGAGGCGCAGGCGCACCUGGAGGCCGCGCGCGUGAGUGCAGCGGUCGCACGCGCCCUCACCGACAAGCUGGGCGCGGUGACGAUGAAGGAGCUACGGGAGGGCGCGGUGUCGGAGACGCACGUGUUGGGGCUGGGCCUGAAGGCGCUGGACCAGCGCCGGCUGCUGCAAGCGCUGGUGGCAGCAGGCGGCGGCGCGUCCGCCAAUGGCGCAGCCGGAUCGGCCGUCAGCUCGCCGGCGGCCGGCGUGUCGGCGCGCCUGAUGGACUACGUGACCGUGUCGGCGGCCUGGCAGACGGAGGCGGACGCGCUGGGGGGCCCGCUAGCGCCGGGGCGGUACGGCAUCGUGCUCAUGGACGACCGCAGCGACGACAAGCCGCUCAAGGUGCGCGCCCUGCAGGAGCCGCACCGGGUGUGGUGGUACACGCGCGCCGCGCUGACGGCCGUGCCCGCCGCCUCCGUGCCGCCGGCGCUGCGGCUUGAGCUGCCGGUGGACGAGGACAACAUGGGCGCGCCCGUCACACCCUGGACCUGUGAGCCGGGCAUGCUGGUGCGGCGCGGCUACGACUGGCGCAACGCCGCGGACCGGCAGGGGCAGGGCGGCGAGGUGGGCAUGCUGGCGGAGAGCCGGCAGGGCGGCCGCAUGUGGCGCGUGUUCUGGUCCAACGGCGGCGAGGGCGUGUACGCCACCGGCCAGGACGACAAGUACGAGCUGCAGCACCUGCAGGUGCACCCCUUCAGCGGCGCGCCAGUGGUGGACGAAGCCGUCCUCACGCCCGGCUGCGGCGUGGUGCGCGGGCUGCACUGGACGUACGACAACCAGGACGGCGGCCCGGGCACCAUUGGCACCGUGCAGCACGACGACCGCCACGGCUACGUGGCUGCGCUGUGGCCCAACCACCGCCUGGCCCGAUACCGCGCCUCCACCCAGCAAGGCUUCGACCUGCACUACUGCUCACGGCCGGGGGAGCCUGUAACCGUCUUCAACGCACAGGCGGGCCUCAAAGUGACUCGCGGCCGCGACUGGAAGUGGGAGGCGCAGGACGGCGAGGGCGGCGUGGGCGUCAUGAUCCGCCCCAGCAUGUGCGCGGAGGAGGGCGUGUGGUGGCAGGUGGCCUGGGCCAACGGCACGCACAACCAGUACCGGGUGGGCCGCCCCGGCAGCCAGUGGUGCGACCUGCAGGUGGCCACCUACGAGUCCAAUGGCGACAGCGGCCGCAUCCUGCCCGGCACGCCGGUGGUGCUGGCGCCCGACUUUGCGCGCUUCAGCGACGCCAAGGACGGCCCGCUGCGGCCGGGCAAGGUGGGCGUGGUGGUGGCGGUCGGCGGCGGAGAGGCGCGGUACAAGGUGAUGCACCUGCGCACCAGCUCCACCUGGUUCUACGACCGCCGCGCGUUGAGGCCGCUACCGGGCUGCAUGGCAGUGGCACGGUGCAAGCGCAUGAAGCUCAACCGGGAGGGCCGCGCCGCAUUCCUCGGCAGUGAUGCCGGCGGCGGAACCGGCGGUGACACGGGGCGAAGCCCGCGCGCGAUUUUCUACUGCGGGGCUGCACUCGGGCAAUGUCGCUGCGGCGGCUGUGACGGCCGCUGCGGGCCAACCAACGGCUGUCCCUGCCACGCCUGUGCCGAGCUGAUUGGCAAGCGGCUGACUGCGGAAGGCGGCCUGGCUGACGGCGGCAGCGGUGGCGUGGACCCGGCCCUGAUGCAGGCCCUGCUGGCGCUGGCAGUCCUGGAAGAUGACGAUGAAUAGCUAGUAGCUAGCAUUUGGGCGGCUUGCCAUCAUCGCUUGCGUAAGGCAUGCCGCCGAUGAGAGGAGAGGAUGCCGAGGAGCGGCGACGUCAAAAACCGUCAAGCCGUGUGUCUCCGCCGUCUGCGCUUAGUGACAGGCCCAGUGAUAAAAGGAUCGCUGACAGGAACAUAUCGUGGGAAGUGUGCUGGGCGAACUGUCAGCAGGGUAAGAUGGGCUUGAAGAUGGCUGUUAGGUUUGACAUCUGCUGUAGGCGGUCGGGAACGGCGGGAGGGCGGGAACGGUGCCGGUGGCCGCUCGCCUGCGCUAAGGGAUUCGCAGUGUUUUGGUCGGCGCGGCUUGACACUGCCGUAUUUACUGAUACUGCUGCCCUAAGGGACGAGAAGCAGGUGGAGGGUAUACAGAUGCGGAGGCCACAGCAUAGGCCUGGCCAUCGGCUGGUGCGCGGUGCAGCCAUGGGAGACGUCACCACAACCGGCGGUUGAGUCGAGCUCGAGCUGGCCGUUGGCGUGCCCCGGCGUACCCAAACCAUUCAAUAGUAGGGUUCAGAGAAAUGAAAGCUAGUGUGAAUGCAAAUGCAAGACGCCAUCGAGUGCUCCAGGCUAGCAAGCAGCAAGAAAGAAGUUAGAGUUAGCAGCAAUUGCGGUUGCUUGUUAGGGUGUGCGAUGGGACAGUGGUAAGGCACGUUGGUAAAGUCCCG